AUGACCAAGGAACGAGACACGUCUCCUACGCAUGGAUUACAGAAAAAUCGUCCAUUGGAAAAACGCUUGGCCGAGCGACCGGAUAAGACUGAUCUUGCCGAGAAAAACGUUCUCAUAACAGUGUAUGCCAAACCAGCAGAAUUAUCAAAAAAUCAGUUGGAAGAUAAGCUUAAUGCAGUCCUCGCGCAUCGCCCCGAGGCUGAAAAACUAGUCCAAGAAGGCAUCUUGACCAGUCUGCUGACUUCCAAGAAGAGGCAGCAAAGCCCAUUCAACACCUACAAGGCACAGACCACAAAAAUUAACCAAUUUGUCGGUUUUUGCAAUGGCAUGGGUUCAAGUCUUCAGCCUCACCGAUCUGCCGUUUGUUCGAUCUAUUGA